AUGUCUAAUUCAAUUCAAUCAUCAUCUACUCACAUUGUCGGGGUUCAUUACAAAGUUGGAAAGAAACUCGGAGAAGGGAGUUUUGGUGUACUUUAUGAAGGACUUAACUUACUAAACAAUCGAUCUGUGGCAAUUAAAUUUGAACCUAGAAAAUCUGACGCACCGCAACUAAGAGAUGAAUAUAGAACUUAUAAAGUGUUAGCUGGUUUACCCGGUGUUCCGAGUGCAUAUUAUUUUGGACAAGAAGGAUUGCACAAUAUUCUUGUCAUUGAUUUACUCGGACCGAGUUUAGAAGAUUUAUUUGUCCUUUGUAGAAGAAAAUUCUCAAUAAAGACAGUGGCUAUGUUGGCAAAGCAAAUGAUUACUAGAGUUGAAAGUGUUCAUGAAAGAAAUUUGAUUUAUAGAGAUAUUAAACCGGAUAAUUUUUUAAUUGGUCGUCCAGGCACAAAAUAUGCUGAUACAGUUUAUUUAAUUGAUUAUGGCAUGGCUAAAUUAUAUCGUGAUCCUAAAACAAAACAACAUAUACCUUAUCGUGAACGCAAAAGUUUGUCAGGAACAGCAAGAUACAUGAGUAUAAAUACUCAUUUAGGAAGAGAACAAUCAAGACGAGAUGAUUUAGAGUCUUUAGGUCAUGUUUUCAUGUAUUUCUUAAGAGGCUCAUUGCCUUGGCAAGGAUUAAAGGCUGCUACGAAUAAACAAAAAUAUGAAAAAAUUGGAGAGAAAAAACAAACAACAUCAAUCAAGGACUUAUGUGAUGCAUAUCCCGAGGAAUUCGGCAUAUAUUUACAAUAUGUCCGCAAAUUAGGAUUUGAAGAAACACCUGAUUAUGAUUUUUUAAGAGAAUUAUUUAAUAAAGUUCUUCGUCGUCUAAAUGACACUGAUAAUAGCGAGUAUGAUUGGAAACUACUUAAUAGAGGAAAAGGACUCGAGGUAAUAUAA